CUGCAUGCGGGCUGAUUGCAUCGCAUUCCAAUGUGCGCGAGAUGUAACCGCUGUGCGGACUUCCAAACCGUCUUGAGCCGCAAUUUGAAGGAAUAAAAUGUCCAAGUUGAAGGAGUCCAACACUUGUCCUGACGGCUACAGGGCUUUAAGCACGAGUGAGCUGCAGGAGCUUUUGCAGAACGACGACAAAAUGGACCAAAUCCUUCGACUCAAUGAGAAGUUUCAGGAUCUUCAAGUGGACAGGGAGAUGCUGCUGACCUCCAAUCGGAGCUUGGCAGAAGAGAGCCUCGCCCGACGACCCCGCCUUUGUAACGGCAAACUCCAGUUGGCGGAGAAAUACCGGGAACUGUCCAACCUGGCAACCACAUGCUGGGAAAAACAGAGUCAGCUUGAGGCUCGUGUCCAGAAGCACAGCCUGCAGAUGACGCAGAACCUCCUGCAGGAAGAAGUGGCACGUGCUGAGGAGCAUUCAGAGGAGCUGCUGGAGAAGUUCAUGGAGGGAAACGUAAGCCUGGAUGAGUUCCUGGACUCCUUCCAAAGCUCCAGGAAGACGUAUCAUAUCCGCCGGGCUCAGGCGGAGAAGAUGCAGGAGAUCGCUCAGGCGAAGCGGCAGCCGGGCAAAAACAAGAGAGCGGAGGAGAGCAAAGUCCCGGAGGUGAAGAAGGACUCAGAGCAGCCUCACGAGCCUCAGAGGCCUAACGGUUUCGUAGCGCAGGGACCUCUUAGAGUGUUCCAGGUACGCUACGGCCUCACGCCAGCCAUCCUUCUCCCUCAUUACCCCGUUUCUCCCCCUGCCUCAGCUCCAUGCUAUCCAAGUAGUGCCCCACCACCUGAACCCCAACCGGGACAGACCCACAUCCUCAGCCCCAAUACCCCUCUUCCAGUUCCAGGACACGGUCAGCCGGUCGGCCUCAGGGUCAUUGGACAGUUACCGGGCGGCUGGCCUGCUAACGGGCGGCCGGUGCGGGUGCAGCAGCUUUACAGGCCGAACCCUCAACAACCCGAACCGCCGUACCGAUAAGCUCGAGGAUGGGGGAGGGGGAUCAAAGGCCUGUUUGCGAGGUCUUCCAAGACAUGGAACCAAACAGUGGCUGUCACAAAUCAUGUAAGCAAAGACUGAUCCAGAGACGGGCAGCACUGCAGACGCCCGUUUCUGUUCUCCAUCCAUGACACACAAAUGUAACCAGAAAAGAGAUAGUGAGGCGGCAGAGGACAGACAGGGAGGACCAGGGAUGGGCUCCGGUAGACGGAUUUGUUAAACCCACGAAUCUCUUAUCAAACCUUUUAUCUCUCCUCAAUCAUUUUCACCAGUAACAGCCAAAACACAUAUAUAAAUCCGGCUGCUGAUUUAUGUGUAGCUCCACGGCCAUUUCUGCGGCGGCAGACUGGAACCGAACACAUUUACACUGUGAGUGGAAGCAGUAACCGUAACAUCUUCUAUCCGACUACCAUAGUCUGGAUUUGAAAGUGCUAACUGAGCCCAGCAUGAAUUACUAAACUUACGAUUUAAAUCAUCAAACUCCAUGACGUCUUGCUUUUAAAUCUGAAGAAAUGUAUUAUUUAUUAAAAAACUGAAUCACGUUACACUGUAACGGCUCACCACCAGGCCUGUGUGGCCAGAGUGCUCGGGUUUUUUAGCGGCUCAUGGUCAGUCCUUUUAUCAGCGUCACAGUGUGAUCGAAACAUGAAUAUUUAAUAAUAAUGGAGAUUUAGGAAAGUAAAACUGAUUUCAUGGAGUAGAGGAUUUAGGCUUUUACUUUCCUUUAUUUUGUUUUUGUCUUUCCAAAGUGUCAGUUUCUCGUUGCAGCAGCUGAUAACAGAAAAGACGUCUCGUUGUCUGUUAAAACUUAAUUAGAGCCUAACUUAAAUGGCAUUUGAUUAUUAUAUUUAUGUAAAUAUAAUGCUCUACAGGAUCUCAUGGACACAUUUGUUGGAAAAUGUGCUAAAAAAGUGAGGUCAUAUAUUGUGCUGCUCAAAUUAGGAUGCCAUUUAAAUCUGUAGUGUUUCUACCAUCUCGGCCAACAAAAGGCGAUUAUUGAUUCAAUAAGGGAUUUAAAACUGCAUUUGAAUUUAGUUAAAUGCUAUCAAACUCCAUCCCUAGUGAGCACAUGAACGUUUUUAUUGUUAUUUCUAAUUUUUUUUAUAUUUUACGCGGAGGGUUGGGAAGCACACAUCCUCAAUGCCGAUUUAAAAAAACAAAAAAAACAUGCAAAAAGGAUCUCAUUGUUCAUUCAUACAACUUAGAACAGAGAGAUGCUUUGUGAGACGCCAAGAGUCAUCGAAGUGAAUUAUGGCAUCAGUAAAGUGGUAUUUAAUAUAAACUCUCAUUGUUUUUCAUCCAUUAAAUAAGGCAUUCAUAUUUGGAAACAUUCCCAAGAUCAUGAAUGCUGAUAUUAGAUCACUACCGAGCAAAGUUUUAAAACAAAAACAAUCUGUAGAGCAGAGCAGGUGGUAUUUAUUAACGAUUCCCAGACAAUAACCUGUCAAUAUUACUUGCGGCGUCGUGCGUGUUGGCAUCACAGAUUAUUCCCCAAAAGCCGCCUUGCCUUCCUGUGCGAUUUCAUUAACGGUGUUUGAGCUCACCAGAUUUAUUUAUUCAUGUAAAUCCUAUUUUAAAUGGCCGACUUCAAAGCUUCUUGUUUACCGUGCUAAAUGAAGAGCUGCCUCUCCUUUCAAGGCAGCCACUGUUUUUAUUACACCCCCCCCCCCCGAACUGAGAUGCAGAGUGAGGGGAAUUUAAUCUCUAUGAGAAAGCCAGCGCUCUGCAAGCCCACAGUCGAAUAUAAGGAGGUUUUAGGAGGAUCCUUCUCAUUUCGCUCUCCUUUUUCUCAAUAUCUAUCCUUCAGCAUUUAAAGGGAAAAGCUUUGGAUUGUAGUAUUUUUUUUUUUUUGAAGGUUCUGCUCUUGAACAAACAUUUUGCUCAUUAAUAACUCAUAAGUGCAUGCUUACCACAGCUUGAAAAAGUACAUGAAAAUGCCUUUUUGCAGGCCAGUGCCCAGUUGCAUAAAACAUCUUAAGAAAAUAUUCUGACAUAUUUUGAGAUUGACACUGUAAAGAAAGAGUUGUUCUAAUUCAGCUUGUCGUUUCCUUAGUAAGUGUUCUUUAAAGAGUAAGAGGGGUCCUGUUUUACUCUAUUUUAUGACUUUUUGGCUAUCAUUUCUAUCUUAUAACACUCCACAAACUAGAUCUGUGAGAUCUGUGAAUGCAACUGCAUCGCUAAAAAAGGAGAAGUGGAAGAAUCAAGAAAAGCAAAAUAUCUGUGUAACAAAAUACAAUUGUUAUUCAAUAUUUUUAUUUAGCUCUACCUCUCAGCCCAAAUAUUGUAUUUUUGACUAGAGCACCAACUUUAUAGAAAUUAGGUUGAUUAUAACUCGUCAGUGGCUGAAGAGCCUCUAAAGACGCCUGGACAUGACAAAAGAACAGGUCUGCAGAUACUCUCAAAAACUCAUGACACAUUACCUGGAAACAAACAGCACAUCCUGUACUGUCUGGUACAGAAAUGCAGCUUUUAUAUGACAGUAUGAUGAAUUAAUGAACUUUUACAUGUUUUUCUUUUUAUUCUUUGGGGGUUUUUUAUGAUUUGUUUUUGUUUUUUGUAUCUAUGUCUGUUUUGCUUUUCUUUUGUGUUUCUAUUUAUUGAGGUGGGAAAACUGAAAACCAAUUAAUAUAUUCCACGACUAAAAAAGAAGUCAGACAGUGCAAGAAACACGAGCAGUCAGACGGCCAGACAGGUUGUAAAAAAACAAAAAGUGAAAAUGAAGUUGAAUAGGAAAAUGAUUUCCAUUACUCUCCCUUUAUCAUUGUCUUGUUUGUGAUCAUCUGACUGCUCGAGUUUCUUGCCCUGUUGAAUUUGUUUUUAGCGACGUUUCCACAUUCACAGAUCUUGUUGAAAGAAUCAUUCGGUUGACAAAGGCUUAGAGACCCAAUAGAUUCUUUUGUCUAUCACCUGGUACACAAAAUCCUUAAUAAUGAAACUUGUUUUUAUCAUUGAAUGAAAUGGAAGUGUGCCAAGGACAUUUGUCUCUCCAGACUGAAUGAUACUUUGUAGAGUUACUUUGCAAUAUUUUCCUUUUUCUCCUGUAGUUUAGCCUGAUCUUUACCUGACAUUUUUAUUGGGGGGUUAAUUGUUUUUAUUUGAUUUCAAGCCUUUCCACCUGGGAUUUGUUUACAAUCUCUUACUAAAUAAAGGAAGGACACCUCAUCUUGUUAAUACUCACACUAUGAACACAACAGAACAACGUUUGAUUUGUAAUCAAGAUUUGAGGAAUCGCUUAAUAUUUUAUAAGUUUACCUCACAAAUCUGUUUCUUGUAACUCUCUUAAAGGAAGCAGUUCAACACUUCGGGAAAUACGCUUAUACUUUGUUGCUGAGAGUUAGAUGAGAAAAUCGAUACCACUUUUCUUUACGCUGAAUGUGAAGCAACAACCAGAAGAUAGUAGUAGAAUAAAGAUUGGAAAUGGGGGGGGGGGCAGCUAUACAGCUUGUCAGCAUCUGCAAAAUGUGUUUUUUCAGGAGAUCAUGUGCCCUAAUAUUUUUCAUUAUUUACUCGUCAUUUUUACACUUCCGAUUAAAGAUCAAACAAACGAGAACAUGUUAAUUAGUGACUUUAAAGGCUCUUUGUUACUUUUUGGUCAGAGCCAAGCUAGCUGUUUCCAGUCUUUAUGCUAAGCUAAGCUAACUGGCUUGAGACAUGAGAGUAGAAUCGACCUUCUCAUUUAACUCUUGGCAAGAAAGCGAGAAAGCAUAAACCUCAAAAUGUCAAACCAUUCCUUAAUCUUCAAGGCUGAGGUUAAGACACCUCCUUAAGGACAUUUGAUGUAACUGGGCACUGGCUCCAACAAACAUGCAGUUCUGUGUCCACUCAGGGUCUUAGAGAAAACAGCGCCGCUUCUUAACCUGUAGCACAGAUGGACCCAGGGUGACGGUGAAUCCACAUCCAUGGAUGUCAUCCCCCCCCCCCCCCCCCAUUUUUUAUUUUUACUACAGGUGCAGAGUCGAACCAUAACCACAAUGACACCAAAUCACCUCCGACAUUUCUUUGUUGCAGUGAGAUUUGACCGAAUGAAGGUUGUAACAGUUAUUGCUUGAGUUUUUGUAACAGGGCCGAGUCCACCCUCAACAAGUUCAUUUUAUUCAGGCCAGAUUGGUUCGUGUAAGAUUGGACGCUUAUGUGUUUUAAAAAAAAAAAAAAGAAGAAAUUCUUAAAAUGUAAAGUGCUUGUUUCUGCGACUGUGGUUUUGUUUGUCUGUUCUAUUAUAUUGUGUGUCUCUUUUCUAUCAAGCAUUUAUCCCAGCAGCCUUUUUCUUAUUUUUUUUCAAGGGGAAGGGAUGAUUAAAAAAAUAAGAGGAGUCAUGAAACAGAUAAAUGAACGAUGCUUUAGACUUUUAAUUUAAAUCAAGUGCGGCCACUCACUGAGCCAGACACCCUCAAACAUUGCAGAUGAUGUGCAUCGCAGCAUCUCAGAUGAAGGAGCUGUGGCUGCAGGCGUUCGUACCAGAUGAUUAUGAGCCGAUGUCAAAGCCGAUCAGCGCGGCAGUGAGUGAAGAUGAGCUAAUAAUAUCCAAGUCAACUCAUUUGCGUCCCUCCGUCAGAUCAGCUCGUGCGUUUUGCAGCUUCAGUAAAGUAGGCUAUGUGUGUCUGGGUGUACCAGUCUGUGAAAACCCCUCAGAAUAAAGACACACAGCAGAAGGAAGGAAGGAAAUGUUGACUUGUUAUAACUUCUGAUCUAACUUCUGAUCUCUCACCUGAAUACACAGAGCAAGCCAAGCACUAAAUAACAUGCUUUAACAUGCCCUGGCCUUGGCUGGCUUUUGUUUUCACUUUGGUCAUGUAGUAAGUGGCUGCUAUUCUCUGUUUAACCGCCUUUUCAAUUUGAAACUAAAUUGCAGGGGCCUCGUAAAUCAACUGUUUAUGGAUGUACAACAAAGAAAAUAAGAAUAAAACAGUUUAAUUCCUCAUGCGAAAUGAUUUGCAUGAGAGAGAGUAUGUCGGCACGCUUUUUAUUCAGACACUAUCAUUAAUUCAUGUUAAAACACAAAGACCCCCCCCGGAGUCUUUGGUAAAAUGCUGUUUGUAUCAGGAUAUCUAGGAACAGAAAAUGUCUCUCUGUGUACAGUUUGUAUUUUUAAGUAUGUGAGAAAACAUCAGUGCAGUACUCUUGAACACAUUUUUGUCACUGGAGUCUGCUGUAAUAUCAUAAAAUCUGCAGAGGAGGCUUUGUGCUGCGUAACACAUGGCCAUAAAGUGCUGUGGCGGCUACUUUCCGAGCCAAAAUAAUUGUGCUAAAUGAUCUAGAGAGACAGCUUUUAUAUUUUCCAGUCUCUUUAACCAAAAGGCUACAAUGAAGCUUUGGAGUAAAAACGUGAAGCGUACGCUGUACUUAUCAACAUUAUAUAUCACAGCAACUUCUGUGAAUACAAUCUGUCUAUGAGAUCAAAGCUAAUGCUGAAAUCAAAACAGGUUGAUAUAUUUGGGGACUGCAGAUGUAAAUUAGCCUAAAGCUAACUCUGGUGUAAUGCAUCAAAUGUCUACAUUUAUGUCAUUAAUUGCACAUGGUCCCUUCUAAAUAAACAAUCAAUCAAUCAAUCAAUUUAAGUACUGGAGGUAAAUCCUUAUUUAUAUAUUUUAGCUGUGAGUUUACAGUAAGUCAUGUAUGUUACAAGUACACAGAGCUGGACAGAGGAACCAGCAGAAACAUCCCAAAGAUGAAUAAAAUAAGUAUAUUAAAGGAAACAGCUGCUGAGUCAGAACAGUGGUCUCAAAUGUAUGGGGGUUGGGAUCCCACAAGGGGUCAAAAGAUAAUUAAAGUUAAGGUUUAUUGGCAAGUAUGCUUUCACAAACAAGGAAUUUUGGUGCAUAACUGUAAACAUAGUAAGAGGAAAAGGAAAAACGUCUGGAAUCCUAAACAGAAAAUAGAAAAAAUGACAGCAAAGAAUUUGGUUUAAACUAAUCUAUUUUUAAAGUGAAAAGACUUGUAAAGUAAAGAAAGAGGAAAGGGAGGGGAAACAGAAGGAAGCAAGGAACACAUUCUAGUUAAUCUUUUUUGAAUGUCUUUUCUUAAAGCUGCUCUAAACAAAAGAGAUGUCCUGAGCCAUUCCUACGGAUCUGCAUAUGUCCCGCAUAUUGUAAUGGAUCUGCAUCGGCUAAAAUAAAGCCGAUCAAAUUCUGAUCCUUUGUUUACUGUGCUGUCCACCACAGCCUGCUAGUUGCCUGUAAAGCUGCUGUCCUUUACAUUUUGCUGCACAUAUGCGACUAAAAAUGUGUGAAUGUGAAAGUUAUUUGGGUUUGAGUGAGUUCAGACACAGAGGUUGGGCUGUCAAAAUACAUGUAUUCGCUAUAAGCUCAGAUGCUAACAAAUCAAAAAACUCUUAUUAUUAGCAAAGAGUAAUGGACAAAACAUUUAGCAUCUGUUUUUAAAUGGCGUUUUCACCUGUUUAAAUGAAAAGCCUUGUAGGCGGCAGUUCAUAUCAGCUGAUAACAGGCCAAAAUCAAACUUCUUUUUGAGCUCUCCUUAAACUUUUCAUUUUGGUUCAGUCUCACAGCUCAAGCGUCAACAAAAGCUCUAAUGAACCCACCAAAUGCUCAUUGUCAAGCACCAAACAUAUGGACAUAACGGACCAUUUAGCAGAUAAAAAUGAAUAUUUGACGUGGUGACCAGAAACUUAUCUCCAAAUCAAUGCUAAUGUUGCUCCAUGUGUGUAAACAGGCAACUGUGCAAACAUUUUUGGCCUAUCAGCUUUAUAAUGUCAGUGUUGUGUUCACAGCUUGUUUCGGCUGCCAAAAAAUCUGUUAUUUCAGGUUAAAUUUACUGUAUAAUUUCACUUCUUCAAUCAGCACACAAAAUUUUUUAUAAAACUUGAAGGGAAUAAACUGUCUUUUGUUAAACUGGUCACAUCUGGUACACAUUGCUGCAUUUUAAGGUGUCACAAGCCAAAAAGGUUGGGAAACAUUGCUGAAUCACAAUUGCAAAAAUCAAACCUGUUCAUUAAUUCACAUUUUAGUGAAAUUAUCGUAUCAGUUUAGAUUUACAGACGCGUUUCCAGAAAUGUUUGAUAGAGAAAAGAAGAAAAGCGCUUAUCUUAAUGCCAGCAGUUGUGGGACUAGAAAAGUCUGUGGUUUAUAUUACUGGUCCAGCUGGGAGAGUAAACCAUGAGUAUUAACAAGUCCCACCAUUAACUGUCAGUGAGGUGACCAUCAGCAUGGCAACCUCAUCUGUCUUGUGGGCGAAGACCAAUAAAAAUUCUUAAUACAGAAUCGUUUGUGACCGAUUGGGGCUCAAAAAAUUGUCACUGUGGGGGGAAAUUAUGACCAAGUAAAAGUAAAUUGCAUACAUACCUGGGGCUGUCAUUUUGAAACCGGUCUGUAGGAAGCAGAUCAUGGUUAAAUAUUUAUAUUAAAUACAUUAAGCCAUACUCUGCUUCUCUUCAUGUGUUCAAACUUCAUAACCGUUAAUGUGAUGAACACCUCUGCUGGUGGCUGACCAGCUGGUCGACUUAGACGCUCUCUGAACAUCUGAUGUACCGAAACACAAUGAGCAAUAACUGUGUGUUUGUGUGCUGAAUCGGUUCAGUGGAGACGUAAUUUCAAGAACAAUAGUUUAAAAAGCGUUGUGCAACAUUUUCUUCACUCCAUGCCAUAAGAAACCACAGUUACAUCUGGGAUUUAGCACAGAAACCACCAAAGCAGAAACAGAUGUUUCACUUACUAGAAUCCUGCGUCAUAUUGGUUAUCUUUACCUUUAAAGCUCCAUUAAUAUAUUAUCAUUAAUAUCUUUCAAUCAGCAACUGUUGGAUGUAUUGCCAAUUCAUGAUUUCUAGAGGAUGAAUGGUGAACUUUUUCUGAAGCGCCACUGUGAUGUUGAUAUUUAGGUUUUCUGCCAAACUUCUACUACUUACGGAGCCCCGGAGUGGCCAUAGAGAGAAAGAAAUAUUAUUGAGACCAUGUUUUGCUACAUGGAGCGCUUGAAAUCCUCUUGCAUACAAACAAAAUACAAUUCUUUUCCAUGUUUUGGUUAACUUGUUCACACGAAUCAAUCAAAUGAUGUGCAAAUCUUCAAUGAUGACUGGAUAUAUUUCCAAAACAUUAGAUUAUUUUUAAGAUUCUUUUUAUCACUCAAAAUUUGGCUAAAAUACACAUCCAUUUACAUUUUUUUGAAAGUUCUGUUUGGUUUUUAAAUGAUUUAAAAUUUGGAUCAAAAAUUUGGAUCAUCUAUUUGGAUUGAUGAGGUCCUCAAGCAAUAAACAUUUGGAAAACAAGAGAGUAACCGCUGUUACAAUGUUGCUGUCAAUCACCUGACACUGUGAUCAAAUGACUUGGAGAACAAAACCAUGAUAUAGUAACCCACAAUUGUGUUAUUAUAACUGUCCACAAAUGUAGACACCAUGCAUGAAAGGGUUUUUUAUGUGUGCUACUUCACUCAGGUCGGGAAUUCUGGAUUAAUCUUGAAAAAUCCCAUCUCUGAUUGCUAAUUUCUUACAUAUGCUGCAAUUGUUUCUACAGUGAUGUUUGAGGGGGCUUUUAUGUUGUGUCGUGUGUUUAGUGGCAGCAAGGUGGGUUAAAAUCAAGGGCAAUUGGACUGGACUUGAAUAUACUUGAAGAUGUUUCGCCUCUCAUGCGAGGGGCUCUAGAAAAUCCAAGCCAUUUAACCUCUGUGGGGUCGUUAUCAAGGUCAGUGAACUUCUUGGUUCAUUAGUGCUCCUGGCUGUUUUAACAACAGUCGUCAUUUGAGGCCAAAUGUGAGCGUUUACUUUCUUUGACUCCACUAGCCACUCCAGCAUAAGGUAGGGAUUAUCAGAAUAAUGCACCAUAGUGUUGAGAACUUACCAACCAGUGCCCAAGACAAGAAGUUGGAGCAGAACAGAGCAGUUUACCAACAUCUGAACGAAAAAGGACACUCUCGAGGACAGCAAUAUACAUAUUUUGGAGAGGGAGAACAGAUGGAAUGAGGAGUCAAAGAAGCUAUCUAUACUGCAGUAGAUGCAACCACCUCUCAACAAGGGAGGAGGGCUGACACAUCUCGUAUCCCUGACUUAUGAUGCUGUCCUUUCAGUUCUUCCCAGGAGAUUGAACAAACGCUCAGUUUUGGCCUCAUGUGACAGUGCCAACGACCGCCGUUCAGACUUAGCCUCAUGUGACUCUAACGACCGUAACGUCUGUUGUUACAACAUCUAGGAGCACUAACAAACCAAUCGGCAUCCAUCACCUUGGUAACGAACCCACAGAGGUAUAAUGGGUGGGAUUCCCUGCCAGACUGUCAGAACUGAAGAAGUAUCUUGGAUGAGAGGUGAAACGUCUUCGAGUAUCUUCAAGUCCAGUUGCCCUUGAUUUUAACCCACCUUGGAUAGAAUACUGCACAUUACAUUUACUGAUGGGUCAUCUGAGAGCAGUGAAACUAAAAACCUCUAGCCUAGUGUGCAAGCUUUAUUAAUAUGCUAUCAAACCUGGCAGGUUUGAGUAGGACAGAUAUACAAAAUAUAAAUAAGCAGAGUCAUAAACGCCAUUUUUAACAGGCAGAUGCCACUUCAGUUUAAUUGGGAACUGAAGGUGUGUGUGUGUGUGUGUGUGUAGGGAAAAUGAGCAGCAGUAAUUACACACCAGAAACUAGAUGAAAUGUAGCUCUAUUAGCUAAACUACGUAAUUAAUCAUUUAAUAGUUAAUUAAAAGGCAACACAGUUGCUCAGUGGUUAGCCCUGUUACCUCACAGUAAGAAGGCCAGAGUAGUGUGACUGCAAAUUGCAUUUUCUCCCUAUUCUCUAGCAAUCAGGUGAUUUAGAGAAUAUAAAUUGCCUUUGCAGUAGUAGGUGUGCAUAUAGAUCAGAAGAAUGCAAACUAAGAUAUAAUUGCACCUCUAAGUCAGGAGCUUGAGCAUAUUUUCUCAAACUGCAGUUCAUAAUGCGGAGGUAUUGAACAUGUCUGCCCAAACUGUCAGCAAAAACAGCAAAGAUGAAUUGAACCUUCAUGAAUCUACAGGCUAAACAAUAUAAACAAAAAUGGGGCUGCAACUAACUGUUAUAACUAACAGUUAUUUUAUGAUCAUCAAAAUCUGUUGAGGGUUUUUUAAAUGAAUCUGUUAUUCUACAAAAUGUUAGAAAUCUGGUAAAAACGCACCAUCACAGUUGUUUUGAGCUGUAGCUGAUGUCUUUAUUAUUGUCUGAUCUUGUUAUUGUCUAAAACCUAAAGAUAUUCAAUUGAUGUUGGAUAAAGAAAAGCAGCAAAUCAUCACUUUUCCUCGUUUGAAAGCAGAAAAUGUUUUUUAGCCAGCGGCGUGACUCUGGAUGGCAGGUAUUCAUAAUCCCCAAAAGAUGAAAUCCCCUAAAGAAAAUCCCCAAACUUUUCCUCUAGGGCAGAGGUUGAAGUUUAUUUUGACAGUAGCGUCUGGUCCCAAAUCAUCUGCAAAGUGGGAUAUUCACACUGCAGGGCAUAAACAUUGUUUAUCUAUGAGGCCUCUGAUGUGUUAAACAUGAUUGAUUUGAAGGAUGUGAUGGAAAUUUCCAAACUGUAAUAAUAAAAAGGUUGUGCGGUCGAUGCAUUUUCUAAUUAAUAAUUUUAGGUGUGUAAAUAAAGGCUGCUGGGAAAGUCCUUAUGCAUGCUCAGCUUUAAGCAAUUUACUAAUACAAUCAUGUUGACGUGUAACUGAAGAAGACCUUCAGUGCGGUAACAUCUCUUCUUGCUACAGUGUGUUUCCUGCCAACAAACAUUCAAGUGACCUUAAACAACAUGUUUACAUGUGAAGUUACUUCCAUUUGCUUCCCAUAUGGAUCCAGGAGAGGUCAAUAAAACACAUUUGCCACUCUGA